UCACAUACACCAGUGUCUACGCGGCGCAGAGCUAUUGCCGGGCGGGAUUUCCGCAAUAUCAAGUAUGGCGAAGACCUACGAUUAUUUGUUCAAACUACUGUUAAUCGGAGAUUCCGGAGUCGGAAAAACAUGCGUAUUGUUCAGAUUUUCAGAGGAUGCAUUCAACUCCACCUUUAUCUCUACAAUAGGUAUUGAUUUCAAGAUUAGGACAAUAGAACUAGAUGGCAAGAAGAUUAAGCUGCAGAUAUGGGACACGGCAGGUCAGGAGAGAUUCAGAACGAUCACGACAGCGUACUACAGAGGAGCCAUGGGCAUUAUGUUGGUGUAUGACAUCACCAAUGAAAAAUCCUUUGACAACAUAAAGAACUGGAUAAGGAACAUUGAAGAACAUGCAUCGGCGGAUGUUGAGAAGAUGAUUCUUGGCAACAAGUGUGACAUCAAUGAGAAACGACAGGUUUCCAAAGACAGAGGCGAGAAGCUGGCUCUGGAAUAUGGCAUCAAGUUCAUGGAGACAAGUGCAAAGGCCAAUAUAAAUGUCGAAAAUGCAUUUCUAACACUUGCCAGAGACAUCAAAGCAAAAAUGGACACGAAAUUGGAGGGCAACAGUCCGCAGGGCAGCAACCACGGUGUGAAGAUCACUACGGAGCAGCAGCAGAAAAAAACCAGCUUCUUCCGCUGUGUGCUCCUGUGAGGCUGCACCUGCCUGUCCGCCUUACCGUCCACCUGUACGAGCUGGACGCCACUGGACUGUGCUCUUGCUCUCAGCACUCCCCAGACCAACCCUUUCCCUCCAUCCCUCCCUCUCUUUCUCUGGAUCUCUCUGUCUUUUAAUCUCUGUUGCUUCUCUCUCUUCGUUUGCCCCCCCUCCCUGCCCCACUUUCCUUCUCCUACCAGUUGGCCGAUGGACGUAGUUUGCUCUCUGUCCAUAUUCUUCCAUAAGACACACACCGGUGAUGGCAUCCUCUUCCAGGCUUAUGAUCCUUUGCCAAUAUUGCCGCGCUUCCGAUUGGCUGUACCUGGUCGAGGUGAAGAGCUGAGCCGGCUUGUGCCGGUCUGAAGGGCCGUGCGCUCUCUCUCUCUCUGCGUACGUCCACACUUCAGGAAGAAGAGGCCCACCGCUCCUGUUUGUCCAACAGCCCUGUCUUGGAGCACUCUCAUCUGAGCAUGUCGCUGCCAAACUCUUACCACAGCCCCCUCAGUCCCAGUCAGCCCCGAUCUCGUUCCGGAGAAAGCAGAUUGGUUUGAGAGUUGUUCUUCCUGGAUCAGACUGUAGAGCGCAAUUUGCUGAGUGUUUCGGAGCACUGCUUAAGAACCUUCUAUUCUCCAUUCCAUUCUGUUGUUUUGUGUUUCUGUUUUUCUAAAUCCCCAUGCAUUCCGUGACAAUCACUUGACCUAACUUUUGAAAAUAGGAAGCUGGUAGUGGUCCACUUGUUCUCUGGGCAUCGUUCCUCUCUUGUGUGUUAGAUUUUUUUUUCUCUUCAGAAACCUUUUUUUGGUGUAUUUUUUUUUUUGAAUUACCCAUAAAAAAGUCUUUCUCCCAUAAUCACCCUCUGGACAUUGGGUCUGCAACGGCAUAUUUAUGCAGAUAGUUCACCUUGCCAUCUUUGUUUACCUGUUCAUGCUAUUGAGAUUUUCUUAUGCAGAAUCUGUGCACAACUUGUUAUUUCAAGUUAGGCUUAUUGAUUUUCUUUUUUUCUUUCUCUUUUCUUUUUAAUAUGUUUCAUAUUGCCAGUCUGGGCCUGUUUUGUUUUUGUUUUGUCAUUAUUUUCAUCACAUGGCAAUUCACCUCUCAAAUCCCCUACCGCAGACGGUCCACUGUGGAUGGUAUACUGUAAGCAUGUGCACAACUCACUGGACUCAUUGCUAUCAUCUGAUCCAAAAAAACUCAGGACUUGUCUCAGAAAAAUCUGAGGGAUUGUAGCAGAAUGCCCCCCACUCCCCACUCUCCCUUGGUAACAAUACACAUUUGGUAACUAUAUACAUUUGGCCCUAACGGGUAGCAUCAAGAUCCAAACUCACAAAUAACAUCUCUGUAGAAAGAACAUCUUGGGCUGCCUCCAGCUGUGCUUCACUGGGAGGGGAAACUCGUCCAGUCGCCCAUGGUCCGUUGCACUUUAGGAGUGACCUUUUGUGUCGUGAGUAGUCUGUGCGGAGAGGUAGUGUUUUUGUAUAAUGCAAUUAAUCUGUUCCUUUUGUCAUUAUUGGAGAGAGAAAACAUAUAUUGAGACCUAAUAUAGACCUGAUUACUUAAUAUUUCGAUAAGUUUCAUUUGACUUGUAUUUUUUAUCUUAAAAGUCAUGUAUAAAAUUUAAAAAAGGCCACAAGCCUGCCCUGUGCAGUCUGAAAAAUCUGCCCGCAACACCUUUAGUCUUUAUGAAGCAAUCUACAUCACAAGAGAUGUUGCACAAUUCACAGCCGGUUUGAAAUGCCUUGGCUUCCAUCAGCUUGCCAAAGUUGACGGCGCAAAGCUCUUGAGCUUCUAGAAACCUCUGCUACUGUGCAGUGAGGGGAGCGGGCUAGUCUCCGGCCUUAGAACUGUGCUGCUGUGUCUUAGCCCUUAGAGCUGUGCUGUGUGUGUGUGUGUGUGAGAUCAAGAUAGCACUAACCUCAGCCCUUAAGAGCUGUGCUGCCACUAGCUUCCUCUGUGUGGGAUGACUCACCCCAGCAGAGCAGAGCAGAGUGGAGGCUGUUCGGCCCCCUCUGGUUUUCCUUUCGGUCACGGGCACUUCCCUAUGUCAGCCUUAGGUGCUGCACUCAUUCUGGUUAGCUGGCUCACGCGCUCUUGGCCUUCCAGGGGCGUCUUUUCUGUCUGCUCUCUACUUUCCCUUUGCACACAGUUUUGUAGAAGUGAGCCUUCCGAUUGGGUGGAGACGCUCAGACUUGGUGUGCUUUUGAAUAGGAAGGAGAUCUUAAACCGCAAAGGUCCGAUAGGGGCUGUGGAUUUUCACAGAAACCCCAAGGAGUGCAGCUAACAUAUUUCACCAUAACAUUACACCAGCACCUUUCAGUCUUUAAAUAACCACACACCUGCCUGGCUGCCAGACUUUGGCCAUAAGCAGCCUCACCAGCCCAUUGUAGAAGCUUGUCAGUUUUGAGCUUGCUUUUUCCCUUAAUUGACAGCAUACCAACAUGGCCAAUUGUGACUGCCAUCUACUCUUUGGAAGUCGGUUUGUGAGCCAGCAUACUGCAUUGGAGGUCAGACAAGUACACUGGGGACGCUCUGGUGGUUAAAGCAUUCCGUUAGAAACAAACAAAAAAAAAACAGUGUUCUGUAUGUUGAAACAAGGAGAAGCUUGUGGUGUUUUUCAGGAGAUUAAAAGUUACGGUAACUUU